UUUGAUUAGUCAAUAAAAUGGAUGUCUUCCUAAUUCCUAUGAUAUUUUUCUUGAACUUUUUAUAAUGUUAUGAUUGAGUAAUCAUCUUAAGAGUAUAAGUAAUCUACAAUAAUAUACUAUAGCAAAUAGUACUAUAGCAAAAAAUAAUUAAAAUGAUCUCAAGGAAAGGCCAGAAAGCAAUCAAUGAAGGGGUUGUGGGUAAAUAUGUGAAAAAAGAUACACCACCAGAUUUGCCGAUAAUAAAUGUUUGGACGACUGGAAAUAAUAGGAGGCCACGUAGCCAGCCUUUUGGUUCUAGUGAUGGAGCCACCCAAAGCAUGGAGAAUAAGUUUGGCAAAGCACAAACCAUGAGUGGCCAUGCUGGCAAGUACACACCAAGUGAAUCUGUACCAAAUUUGGCCCAAAGGUUUGCAAGCUUAUCUACUGGAAGUGAAAUAGCAAGUACAUCAAGCAAUUUUAAUUCACAGUUUCACUUGGAUGCUAAUUUGGCAUCACAUUCAACUUUAAAUGAAAUUGAUGAUUCAUUUAGCAGGCAAACAAGUCAUCGGUUUUAUAGACAAGUGCAGCCAGAAGAUCCUAUUUAUCAAAAUCAACAACAGGUGCAGCAACAAAAGCAACAGCAAUAUACUUCUCGGGAGUCAAGUAUGCCACGUGUAUCUUCAAACUUGAGCCUAACCCCUAGACUCCAUCCACCAUCGCCACACGCCAGCAGACUACAUUGUACUGAUUCAUUUACUACAGCCAGUCAAUCUUCUCCCAUAUACUCAAAUUAUGUGAAUACUCCCGCCCUUCCAUACCAUAAUAAAGGACACGGUGGUAACAUAAUAUCAACUAGUCAAGCUUCGGAUGAGUGCGAAUUACCGCUUCCACCUGGAUGGUCAGCCGACCGAACUCUUCGUGGACGUCGCUACUAUAUGGACCACAAUACACAGACAACGCACUGGACACACCCACUAGAGAGUGUACCAAGACCUUGGCACCGUGUUUCUACUCCCCACCAUGGUGUUUAUUACUUCAAUGAAAUCACACAUCAAACGACAUACGCGCAUCCCUGUUUAGUAGGAGGCUGUUAUUUGGUCAGCCCACUUGUACCGACUUUGGUGCCUCCAUAUCUGUUAGAAGAAAUACCGCAUUGGCUUAUCGUUUAUUCAAAAGCUGAUCAAGAACUAGACCACAAGUUACGAUGGAACAUGUUUCGCCUGAGCGAGUUGGAUUGUUACUCUGAUAUGUUGACGCGUCUCUACAAGCAAGAGCUGCAACUUAUUGUUAUGAAAUAUGAGCAAUACAGGUCUGCUCUACUACAAGAACUUGAGAGAAGAAGGCACAACAAGUCUUGCCACGCACAUUCAAACUAUUAAGUUAACAUUAUGAUGCCUUAUUGAGCUGUGAUUUAUUAAUUAAGAGAAAAUGUUAUUGUACAUAAGAAAUAACACAUUGGUGUUGUUCCUCAUAAUUUAAAGUGCCUUAAAUUUUAAUGUUAUGUAAAAUAAUAUAUUUUUGACAUUGGCAGUUUUAAUUUUUUAAUCAUUUUAUACAAUUUUAUAUACAUGUAUACAAAAUAAGCUUGACAUGAGAUCUUAGAAAAUUAAGGAUGCUUUGAUUAUAUCAAUAUUUAAAGUAUGUAAUUGUAUUGGAUUUGUACUACAAAUUCCAGAUUCAUCCCAUAAUUGUGUGAAUAAAAAAAACAUACAAUAGCCCCUACCAUGAUGUGUUGCAACCAGGCUCCCAGCAGUAACCACACAGAAUAUGGCAAGACCUGUUUGUGUUCAACCAGUUGGAUUAACCUCACAAUAAGUGUUUUAUUCUGCGAACACAAUUGGUAUAGGUGUUGUUGUUUAAAUAUUAAUUCUAAUGAUCCUACAAUGUGUAUUUUGCUCUAUUGUAGGAUCAGCAGGAUAUAAAAGGGAUAAAAAUAGUCUUCUCACAUACUAUGAUAUUUUCUUUAGGAAAUAUGUCAAAUAAAAGUUUGAUGGUCUUACUGGCCAUCUGAAGUAUAACAAAAUUAAAACUUAAAGAGCAGAUUUGCUCAUUGAAAUGACACCAACUGCAGUGGCCCACUGCAGUUUGACUAUCAGUACUCUUAUGAUACUGAGGGAUUCAGAAAAAUGUUAGAUGGCCAUGUCUCUAUAAGAAUACAUGUUGUAUUUAUGCAUAGCAUAUUGUUUUUUUAUUAAUUCUCUAUUUAAAAUUACA